GCCGCGCCGCGGCCUCCGCGCGCCGCCGCCGCCCCGCCGCCGCCGGCUCCCGCCGCCCGGGCCCGGCCGGCCGCGCCGGGGGCCGCCGCGCUCGCCGCUGCCGCCGAGCCGCCGCCGACAUGGACACCAAACAUUUCCUGCCGCUCGACUUCUCCACCCAGGUGAACUCGUCCCCCCUCACCUCGCCCACGGGGCGUGGCUCCAUGGCCGCCCCCUCGCUGCACCCCUCACUGGGGCCCGGCCUCGGUGCCCCGCUCGGCUCCCCGGGACAGCUGCACUCGCCCAUCAGCACGCUGAGCUCCCCCAUCAACGGCAUGGGCCCGCCCUUCUCCGUCAUCAGCUCCCCCAUGGGCCCCCACUCCAUGUCCGUGCCCACCACGCCCACGCUGGGCUUCGGCACCAGCAGCCCGCAGCUCAGCUCGCCCAUGAACCCCGUCAGCAGCACGGAGGACAUCAAGCCCCCGCUGGGCCUCAAUGGCGUCCUCAAGGUCCCGGCCCACCCCUCAGGGAACAUGGCGUCCUUCACCAAGCACAUCUGUGCCAUCUGUGGGGACCGCUCCUCAGGCAAGCACUACGGCGUGUACAGCUGCGAGGGCUGCAAAGGCUUCUUCAAGCGGACGGUGCGCAAGGACCUGACGUACACCUGCCGGGACAACAAGGACUGCCUGAUCGACAAGCGGCAGCGGAACCGCUGCCAGUACUGCCGCUACCAGAAGUGCCUGGCGAUGGGCAUGAAGCGGGAAGCCGUGCAGGAGGAGCGGCAGCGCGGCAAGGACCGGAGCGAGAGCGAGGUGGAGUCCACGAGCAGCGCCAACGAGGACAUGCCGGUGGAGAAGAUCCUGGAGGCCGAGCUGGCCGUCGAGCCCAAGACUGAGACGUAUGUGGAGGCCAACAUGGGGCUGAACCCCAGCUCGCCCAACGACCCCGUCACCAACAUCUGCCAGGCGGCCGACAAGCAGCUCUUCACGCUGGUGGAGUGGGCCAAGCGGAUCCCGCACUUCUCCGAGCUGCCCCUGGACGACCAGGUCAUCCUGCUGCGGGCCGGCUGGAACGAGCUGCUCAUCGCCUCCUUCUCGCACCGGUCCAUUGCCGUGAAGGACGGGAUCCUGCUCGCCACGGGGCUGCACGUGCACCGGAACAGCGCCCACAGCGCGGGGGUGGGCGCCAUCUUCGACAGGGUCCUGACGGAGCUGGUGUCUAAGAUGCGGGACAUGCACAUGGACAAGACGGAGCUGGGCUGCCUGCGCGCCAUCGUGCUCUUCAACCCGGACUCCAAGGGGCUCUCGAACCCGGCCGAGGUGGAGGCGCUGCGGGAGAAGGUGUACGCGUCCCUGGAGGCGUACUGCAAGCACAAGUACCCGGAGCAGCCGGGCAGGUUCGCCAAGCUGCUGCUCCGCCUGCCAGCGCUGCGGUCCAUCGGCCUCAAGUGCCUGGAGCACCUCUUCUUCUUCAAGCUCAUCGGGGACACGCCCAUCGACACCUUCCUCAUGGAGAUGCUGGAAGCCCCGCACCAAAUGACUUAGGCCCGGCCGCCCCGCCAGCCGCUCUCCUCGGCCGAGCCCCGUCCCUGCCCCUCUCCGCCCGGCCUGUGUGGACUUCGGGGUGCAGCCUGUCACUGCUAAGCCUAAGAGAUGUGUUGCCACCCCCUCCCUGUCAGUGCUGCUCGUCUUUGGACCCCAUAGGGCACUGCUUUCCCAGGGCGGCGGCCGGAGCGGCAAGAACUCGCGUGGCCCCCCUGGCCAUCAGCUCCCGAGAGCCUGGGUGGCUCACGGCCUCAGGCCCUGUCCCCCGGGCCCUGUCCCCCGGGCCCUGUCCCCGGCAGCAGGCGGGAGGGUGGCGUUGGGGGGUUUCUGAGUCUCCCUCAGCUCUCCCGCUUGGAGUGCUGGCCCCGCCCAUGAUGGGGGGCGCAGGUGGGGCUGGUGUGUCUUUGCAGAGGACCCCCCUCCUGGACAACGACAAGGGGCUCUGGGCGGGUGGGCUUCUCCGUCAGUGAAGGGGAGCGGCCCCUUUUCCAAAGAUGACGGCGGGGUCCCCUUGCCCAUGCCGGGGGCUGACCUCUGCGGGGACGAGGGUUGCCCGCCCACCUGUCUUUGCAUCAUUUCAGCUUCGCCCCGCCCCCCAUGGCCGCCUGACCCCGGGUGACCAGACGGGGUUCCCGGUCUCUGCUUGAUCCCAGAUUGUCUGUGCGGAGGCCCAGGCUGGCCUCGUGCCCACGCCUCUGCUGUCCGCCCUCUCCUGGGCAGAGGUUGCCCCCGGGGGCCCACAGGGAUGCGAGGGGAGGAGGCUGCCUUCCCGGAGGGUCUCCAUCCAUUGGGGAGCCCGGGGGAUCUGGGGGCCCAGAGCCGUAGGAGGGGCAGGUGGGGCCGUGGCUGGAGCUCCCGGGAGAGGCGCUUUUUCUGACUGCAAGGCUCAGAGUCGGGAACCCCUAGGCACCAGGCCCUCUGCACAGCUCGACGCCCCCGGGAGCAGCCAGGCUGGCCUGGGGGUGGAGCAGGUGUGGGGGCCCCAUCUGACAGUCCUCUGGGUGGAGGCGCCCUGCUCAGCCCCGCACCCACUUCCCCAGCGUUCGGACCCAGCCCAGGCGGUGGCGCUCGGGCCUGCAGGUGGGGGCUUGCGGGUUGAACUGGCCUCGUGCAUGGUCACCCCUCCCUCUGGUCCGUGCUGCCCAUUCUCACGCCCACACCCCACGGACCCAGCACUGAGCAGAGGGGGCGAUGGGGGUCCUGCCUGCUCAGCCCCAGGGCGUGUCUGUGAUGGCAGCGUCCCUCCUGCCGCCCCCACCAGCAGCCCUGGGCAGGUGUGUGUCCGGAGGGCAGCCUUCCCUAGUCACCCCGAGGGUGCAGGGUGCCUGGGCAGGGGCUGGGCGGGAAGAGGCCGGCCCUCGGGGAACACAGUCCAUUCUUUGCCUCCCAGAGCCCCCCACCCGGGCUGAGGUGGAGGCCCCUGGCCGAGGCCGCCUGCCCCGGGCACUCCUGUGAGGGGUGCCACAGCCUGCCCACCCGCCCCGGUGCCUUCUGCAGCCAGACGCACCCCGUCGCCCAUGCCCAGCUCCCUCCUGCUCCUCUGGCCUCUUGGGGACCUGGGGGCCCUCUGGUGGGGGGUCGGCUUCUUGGGGACGUCACUGUUACCGGCUGGCAGCCCGCAGAGCCCUGAGGCCGCCGGGCCACCACCUCCCUUAGGUGGAAGCGCCCCUGGCCCCCUGCCCCCCGCAGCCCGCCUGCACCAGCGUCCCUGCGGCUGCGCUUCCUGCUCCCAGCGCCGCCUGCAGGGGGGGAGCGGCCGCCCUGCGGCUUGUUUACCCAGGUCUCCAGCAGCUCGCCAGCCUGGCUCAGCUACAGUGAUUCUUGGUAAUUAUUAUCCUAUUGGUGGGACAAUCUUUAAUUUUCUAAAGAUAAUGUAACCAGCGCGUUCGCCGCCCGUGCUGCCCCGCACGGCCGCUGGACACCGCCCAGGCCCGGCAGCUGGCGCCUCCCGCCGAGGCCCGAGAUGCCCACGUCCUGUGCGUGGAAGGUGUUGGCACCGCCAGCCUGCCCGGCCCAGCCCCUGGGAAGCGGCCUGCGGGACAUUCACCGUGAUGGCCCCACGUCUGCUGCCGUCACCUGGAAGUGCGGCCUCCGGGCAUCCCCCGGCUCGGCGUUCCCACAGGAGGCCGGCGGCAGCCGGUGCGGGACCAGGCCGGGCCCCCUGCGGGGCCCCGGGAGGCCUGGCUGGCUGGGCAGCGACCGGGUCACCGGCUGAUGUCCCCGUCAUGGAACUCGGGUGCGUGGCCUGGCCCCUGCCCGCGGGAUGGUGGCGGACGUGUGUGCUGUUGAGAACCGCCUGGAGCUGACGCCGUCUGCGGACAUGCGUGCCCGACGUGUCCUGUUUGUUUUAAUUAAGACUCCCCGUCCAUUUGCUUCGUGUGAGCAAGUCCCUGAGGACCCUCUGGUGACCGGGUUUGACGGCCUCCAGGCCAGGACGUGCAUCUAUUUUAAGAUGCUUUGGCGCAGACAGCGCCAGCCGGUCGCACCCUUAGCCAUGCCUUAGCCGGGACGCGAGCGGCCGCUCCAGAGGUGAAUGAAGAGAGAGGAAGCUAAGAAGUGUCUAAGCAGCGGGAAAGGUGAAAAAAAUCUAUUUUUGUACAAAUGUAAUUUUAUCGUCAUGUAAACUUGCUGAUACGCGGGAGGGGCUUGCUCUGUUUCUGCCCGGAUCGCGAGGUGGCCCUUCAGGGAGCGCGGCGGGAGCCGAGCAGAGGCGGGCGGUGAUGCGGCUCGGGCUUCGUGGCCUUGGUGGCACCCCCGCCGGGGACCCGCCCUGCCCGGGGACCGGCCUGCACGCACGGGGCUGUCCCUGCCGCCACGCCUCCCGUGCACGACUGUGAAGCUGCUUCCGACGGACUGUUCUGCAGCGCUAGCCGCGGGCCGGGUGUGCGAAUCGUGGAAAAGAAAGAGACAGCGUGGGAGGAGGAACAAAACAUGAGCGUUUAAAACACA